GGUUGGUAGUAAAGUCAAAAGAAGUUCCAUAGAAAAAAAUAUGGCAACGAAAUAUCGGUGCCACCAGGAAGAUCUUUCAUCAACUAUGGAAAGUUAGCUUUUGAAAUGAGAGAAUGUAAUGAAAUCCUGAUUUGGUGGAACAUAUUGCCGAAAAGAUGAAGAAAGGGAGCGAAAAAUCGGGAGAAACAAAACCAGAUGUUGAUAAAGCGAAACGUGUUUACAGAGCAGCACUUGAGGCCAUCAGAAGAUUAGAUGAAAUUUCCAAACAAAAGAAAGCAUACAGAGAAGUUUUCCAUCAAGAUGCUGUAGGACUUCGCAAUAAACUUAAAGAAUACUGUGAAAGACUUAUGUUUUACAACCCAUCUGAUUAUGGGAGAAAGGCAGAGGAAGUUUUAUGGAGAAAGGUCUUCUAUGAAAUCAUACAACUUAUGAAACAUAACAGAAAACACAUCAGAAUGGGUAGUUCAUUAGAAGCAGCAUUUCGCACACAUCUGUCAUCAGCAACAGGAUACUACUACCAUCUUUUAUUUAGAUUGCAACAAGAAUUUGGUCUCAAAUUUAAUGGAAUAUUAGAUUUUAAUCUUGUACCAGAACAGAAAACAGUAAUGAGAAAAAUGGGACUUUCUAACAGUGUAAAAAAGCGAGAUUUUGGUCCAUCAGUUCAAGCUUGGGCCAUAAUGGCUUGUCAUAGGUGUUUGGUUUGUCUUGGUGAUAUUGCAAGAUACCAACAGGAUUUUGAUAAGGGAUUUAGUAAGUCAUCAGCAGAAAGAUUCUAUUACCAGGCUAUAGCCCUGUGUCCAGAAAAUGGAACACCACAUAACCAGUUAGGAACACUCAGUGGAUCAAGAUAUUACAAUGUGGAAGCAGCUUAUUACUAUAUACGAUGUUUGGUGUGUGAAAAACCAUUUGAAGGAGCAGAUGGAAACUUACAGAGAUUAUUUGAGAAAAAUAAUAAACGAUUAGUAGAAUUACAACCAAAUUUAUCUCUUCCACCUGAAGUACAAAGAGUACAUGACACUAAGAUGUUUCUAAUCCAGUUUCUACAGCUGAUUGGUGCAUUUCAUGCUACAGGCAAAGAAAUGAAACCAGCUGAUUUACAAGAGAAGUGCCAGUCUACUCUACAGAAAUUCAAUCUAUGUAUGUUUUAUGAGGUGAAUACAGAGGAUGACAAGAGGGAGGAGAAUACUUAUUUCAUGGAUGAUGACAUUGUAUUUAAAAUAGUCAUUAUUUGUAUGUCUACCGUAUAUCUUCUUCAGCUAAAAGGUUCAGGACAGACGACUGCAGCAACAGCUUUCCUUUUAGCUUUAUUUUCACACAUCCUUAACCAUGUGGUGAUCAGACUUCAGGCAUCACUAUAUGACAUGGAAAACCCAAAUAAAAUACUUGGUCAUAUUGAAGAACAGGAAGAUGAUGAUAUGUCAGAUGAUAACCUUUGUAAUGGCUUGACCUCUGAUCCCGAACCAGAUCAACAUAUUAACAAAAAUGGAGAAAACAAAGUAGAAUUAAGUCAACAAGACACAGAUGACAAUAAAGUUCUCUCAGAAAAGAAAUCUCGACAGUCAAAACCAAAAAGUUAUAAAAGAAGGCGUAGACGUGCAAGAAAUGAUAGUAGUGAUAGUUCUGAUCUUUCUGAUAUGUCUGAUCUCAGUGAAGGAGGUGAUGACUUACCUGAAGAUUUCAUGUCAGAAGAAUCUGAAGAGGAAGAAGAAUUUGUUGGAUUUUUUACCAAUGAUUCAGACUCGGACAUGUCUGAUCACCUCAUGGACAGUCAAGAACUAGAACCUGGCCUUUCUAAUGAAGGAAAAAUCUUGGUUAAAAAUAAACUACAAACUAUUGAGGAGAGAAGUAAUGCCAGUGAUAGCUCACAAAAUACUGACAGCAAAUCUCCUAGACCUUCAUCUAAAACCGAUGCUAGCUCUAAGGUGAACCCAUGGCUAAAAUCAGUAGACCGUGAUAACCUUGCUCAUUUUUCUUCAGAAUUGUUUUCAUCCUCAAUGAGUUUUCUUGGACAGAAUUUUAAAUUUUCUUCACUAGCUGAUUCCUCAUUUGAGAAAGACAUUGAGGAAUAUGAAACAUGCAAAGAUGUGAUACAAGGCAGGAAACAAGUAUCUGUUCCUCCAGGAUUUGCCUCCACAUCUGAAGCCCACCAUGUAGCUGAGAUUACCAGCAAGAUGGCUAACUUUGUGAUAGAAACAGACACUGAAGCUAGUAUUAUGCCUACAGAUGCAGAACAGUCUGCUACAGAGGCAGAGGAUCAGAGUAGUGAAACAGAGUCUGUAGAAAGGUCUGAAGAUGAACAUCGUCAGUUACAGUACACUCUAGAUAUCAUACAGCAGGAAGGACUGUUACCUGUUGUCAAGGUGAUGAGUGACUGGAUGAGAUGUAAUACUGGUGUUAUCACUACUUGUGCUCAGAGUUCCCAGUCACUGUGGCACAGAUUGUCAAUUUUACUGAAUAUUUUACCAAAAGAAAGCCUCUUGGUUGAUAAUGAUAAUUGUUGGAUUGAUGAUUUAAAAGAAGUUCUAAAAGUGGUAGAAGAAUCUGAUUGGAAACAGGUGAUACCUCUGAUGGAGGAUGUUAGUCUGUGUCAGUUCUCUCCCCUAGCAGAGGUUCAUAACAACAUAGAAUUUUCUGUGAAAAGGAGAGGACAGCUGAAUGAAGUUCAGGAGACUUUUUUGAGAAUUGGUUGUAUCAGACAAUUUGGUUAUUUUCUGUCUGACCUGGACACAAUACAGUUUACUUAUGAAGAAGCUCAGGGUGUUUUUGUGGGACCAUCACAGACCAAUCAUAGCUCUGGAAACGAAAAAGUUGCCAUGCAGAGAGUGGCUGUGGCAGAGAGUAGAAGAAAUCAGCUAAUGAAGGACAUGGCACAGUUAAGACUUCAGGCUGAGGUGACACAGUUAGAGGGAUCAUUAGAUAACAGUGAUCAAGGACAUUUCCCUCCAUACUUAAUACCAGACACUUCCUCACUGUGUGACUCUCUACAACUUGUUAAACAACUGACUCAGACAAAUAAAGGAAUAGUUAUAAUACCAUUAGCUGUGAUUGAUACUUUAGAUUAUAUGAAAAAAGAGUCUGUUAGAGCAAGAGAGGCCAUUAGAUGGCUGGAAACAGAAUUCAGGAAAGGAAACAGAUACAUCAGAGCACAGAAAAGUACCGAGAAACUUCAGGAUAGCACACCUAAAAAUCUGAAGAAGAAAAGCCAGGAAAUGUGGUGUUUAUAUGAGAUAUUUAGUUGUGCCAGAUAUUUAGCUGGACAAGGUGACAUAGCUAGUGGCAACAUGGUGGCUGUGAUGACUAAACAGGAUUUGAAAGCCACUCCUUUGUCUGAUAUUGUCAAACAGCUGAUCAAUAAAUGUACCAAGGAAGGUAUUGGAAUUGAAAACAUUUCUACCUUUGCCAACAAAUGGAAAGAAGUCUUAAAGAACAAAGGCUGAAUAUAAAUAAAAGUCAAAUGACAAGAAUCAUAGCAGUACAGCCUAACACCAACAAACCAACUGUAGACCAAUACCAACCACAAGAAAGUAUAUAAAACAACUAGAAAAAAGCAGCAAAUUUGUAAAUCGGUAGAAAUGUAAAAUAAGAUCAAAUCAAAAUUUGAACAGAAAAAUGGACAGAAAGCAGUUACUGAUGGUGCAUGAAACUUAUAUGUGUGACAAUAGGUGGAACAUCUGUCAUUUUAUUGAGUGCCUUGCUUUUAUCUACUCACACAAACAUUAAUGAUAAAAUCAUUCUUUUCAAUCUAUGCUUGUUAAAAGAUUGCUAAUUAACAGGUUACAAUCUCAUUCUAGAGAGAAGUUGUGAAGUUUUUAAUACCAAAUGAAGCUGUUAAUAGCUGUAGCAACAAUACUCCUUAUCUUAAAGUAAUAAAUGUCAUUUUGAAUCAUAAUCAGAUAGGUGAACUCAAAUACCAAUGAUUCCUCCUUCUUCUAUAGUUGUUGCCUUGUAAAGAUCUGUCUCCAGGGUGCAUGCUCUUUGAUUUAUCUUUAAAAUGUAUUGAAAAUUGAUUUUUGUGAAGAAAUAAGGAUAAAAAAAAUUGCAGCAAGUAAGGAAUAUAGAAGUUAGAUUUUUACUUUGCUUAAAAAAUAUCUUUUUGAAGUACGUAUAUAUGUAAGGUAAAAAAAAAAAACGUUAUAUAGUCGACAUUUAAUUUAUCUCAAUAAGUAAUACUUUUUCCUGAUUUUAACUCUCAUGUUUUAUGGAUUGUAAUGUCACUUGAUUGAUUAAAAGUUCACAUUUUACCUGUUAGAACGCCCUUCUCACACUUGACCUUAAUGAUUUAAAAGUACAAAGAGCAACCCUUUACUUUCUAUUGAUGGGCAUGAAAUAAAUUGAAAGAAAAAAAAAUAUAGAAUCCAAAAUUUUAAAAAGUCAGGAUGUUCUUUUAUGGUCAUUGUCUGCAUCACACUUUUUUGUUUGCUGCAACUCCUUGAAAUGGUUUUACAGAAUUCAAACAAACUUGCUCAGAUUUUUCUACAGUACAUGAAAGUGUGCGCCUUCUGUUUGAUCCAAAUAUAUUCUGGAGUUUCCCAUACCAAAACAUGGACUUGACCAUUUCUGCUUAUAUCAGUUUAUUACUCAACAACUCCUUGAAACAAAUUUGAACAGAGUUGUCUACAGGACUUAAAGUUGUGCCCUGUUUUUUUUAUUUUUGAUCUGAGCGAUUUGGAGAAUGCAGGCAAGACACACCUCUUCAUUUGAAGACUCACACAAAAAGUAUAAAGUAUACCGAACAACUAAAGAAACGCACCACAUCUGUUUCUGUUUUUGGAAUAAACAAAAUCAAAUAGCUUUAUAUUUUAAAGUGUCAUAAAUUGUGACACAAUAUUUUUGACAUCACAGAAAUCAACAAAUUUAGCAAUUUUUUUAACAUUUUUUUUUAUACUUGUUUUUAUCCAAGUUUAUGUAAAUUUAAGCCUACUUGAAAUCCUGGAAAAUUCAGUCUUAAACCUCUGUUGUUUUCUAGAUACAUUGACAUUGAGCAAUAAAUAUGGUUCCUAAGUUUUAUCUUGUACACUCUAGUACCAGUAAAAAAUAAGGAAAUAGAUUGUGUUGUGCAAGCAGGUAUCCAUUUUGUCUUUGAUAAAUUAAAACAUUAACUUUGUAUGGUCUAAUACACACUAGAAUUGUGUUUUUAAUCUAACAAACAAAACAAAUACCUGCACCAUUGAGAGAGAGUCUUAUUUUGUUUUAAGAAUGUUUGUAUUUUUAUUUUAAUACAUUGAUGUGGUUAUAACAUAAGUCAAAAAUUUAAAAGGUUUAUCUCUUCUGAAAUUAUAAAUCAGGUUAAUAUUUUUUUUGGAUGCAAUUUAUGGGAACAAAAAAGUGUUGAUAUACAUAUUUAUAUUCACAUUUAUAGCCAAUAAAAUACAUAUACAACAGACUUUA